AUGCGUCUGCGAUUACGCGUCCGUCGCAAUGAGCUCCCCACGAUAUCCGUAGUUUGGCCGGUUGAUGAUCUCAAUUUGAGACAGACAAUAUCUCAAUUUCUUGUAGCCGUGAAUGAGCGCAUUCCAUUGGAAUGCGAUUCUUGGGGGCUUGAGGACUACUCAGUCACCAUCGCUGACUUCGAGGUCUUUCACUACGACGUCAUAUCUGCAGUUUGCAAAGACGAAGAUGAAGUCGUCAUUCGACCUUUGUCUUUCGCGGAGGUAAGGGCGAGAACUCUAGCCGGAAGAGCGCAAAUCACGCCAGACGGUAGACACCUAGUCGAUGGUGUUGCAUUCGGUCGACCAUUGCUGAAACGACCAGCGCGACCAGACGUGACUAUUCCGCCACGAAAACGUCAGCGAGUAGAGGAUGACAACGAUACUGGAACAGAACGUCACGAUGAGCUUGUGCCGUUCGGUGACAUCGCGGACGAGUAUGAUGAAGAGGACGAGGAUGAUGAGGAAGACGAAGAUUUCGAGUUAGGUGAAUCGGAGCACGAUGAAGAGGAAGAUCAAUCUGAGGACGAGGAUGAGCAAGAACAUGGAUCUCAAAGCGGUAGUAGCAAACUGCAAAGAAACGCCCCUCGUACCACUACAGGAAAUGCGACCGAAAUCAGAACUGAUGGCGAGUCAGAAUCUGACAGCUCAGAUGACUCCUCGAUUAGUGAAUCUGAUGAUUCUACCUCUGAUUCAAGGUCGGACUCAGAGGACAGCAGUGAUGAUUCCACGAAUGGCGCAUCCUCUCAUUUGCCCCCCUCUACCCAUAUCGCAAACCCCAACACUAAGCACAGGUUGCAAACGAAACCUGUGACAGGUGUACCAUACCAAGGUUCCCCAGCCACAAAGAAUCGCAACCAAAGACGAACCGAGUCUAAGAGGCUCGCGUUUCUGAAAAAGACGAACAGACUGCCCAAAGAUGCGACACUUGAGGACAUGCGCGUUCACUCUGCACAACAUGGUCACAUAUCUGAUGACAUUGCAAAUUUUCAGCGGCCUAGCAAGUCGGCGGCAGAGAACAUUGAUGGCUCCCUAAGCAGAGGACCUGAUCUGGCAGAAGAACUUGAGCGUCGCCGUCAGAAGUUGCUCAACGAUCUCGCAUCAGGCGGCAUUGACGUCUCGGAGGAUGCCGAGUCGUCUAAGAAAGCUUCUCGUGCGGAUGCCAAGGGUAGUUUUACGGACAGGCAGGAAGCCUCACCAGUGACAGCUGCUCUCACAAUUGUCGACCCCACAUCAGACCACGCAGCCACCGGCCGACGCCGGGCUACCCUCAACGUGUCUAGCACUGACCGAAUGAUAUUCGCUUCUCUUGGACUGCGGGUUCCCAAGAGUGCAGAAGAGAGACAGAAGUUGCAAGAAAAACUCGACAGAUCUACUACUCGACCAGUCUUGGACAACGUGCGCGACGAGUCUGUCUCCGCGCGAGUGGAUCAAGUUUCACAAGAGCCAGACCUCUGGCGCCGGAGGAUAAGCCUCUCCGCCGUCGAGUGUUGUGAUGAAGGCGUCGUCCUCUCCGCGCCGCCAUUUCCAUUCCAGCAGCGCUGGGACCCACAAUACCAGGUCAAAAAGAAGCGCAAUAGCAAUCUCUACAGUGAAACACGAUCAAAAAAGCGGAAAGGGAUCAAGAACGCAUAUAUCGAGUCCUAUGACAAGUACAACACUGACGGCAAUGGAGACGCGCUCAAUUACGAUGAUAAUGAUGAGUCUGCCGUGGACGAAUAUUGGGAGGACGGCGCACUACUCGAUGGAGAAAGAGGUUAUGAUGACCAGCAGCAAGCCGAACUGGAUCCCAGCGUGAAUAAAUUUCCAGACCUACCAGCUGAUCUUAAUUCACUUCCAACCCAUACAGAGGCGAGAGCAGUUCACGGCGAUACCAUUGUUUUCACAGAGCUUGCCUGCAAUGCGGCAACAAACUGGCAGCCACGUAUGGUAACGCGUACUGCGCUGCUCAAUGGGAAGGACGGCAACGACUGGCUGAUCCAGCUUGCUCCUCGCGACUUGCCUCCUAAGAAGUACGACGAAGACGGCAAUCGUGUCUACGAAAAGUUUGAGACGAUGGAGGAUGAGGAUGGCGACGACGACGAUGGGCGAAGGACCUUGAGCUGGGCCGAAAUGCUUGAUCCGAGAUUGUUGCUGCCAGCGGUAGCGGCUGUGACUGUGGAACCCUGA